AUGGUUCACUUCACAGCUGAGGAGAAGGCAGCUAUCACAAGCAUUUGGGAUAAAGUGGAUGUGGAAAAAAUUGGAGGAGAAACCCUGGGAAGGCUCUUGAUUGUCUACCCAUGGACUCAGAGAUUCUUUGACAAAUUUGGAAACCUCUCUUCUGCCCCAGCCAUCAUGGGUAACCCCAGAAUCAGAGCCCAUGGCAAGAAGGUGCUGACAUCCCUAGGCUUGGCGGUUAAGAACAUGGAUAACCUCAAGGAGGUUUUUGCUCAUCUGAGUGAGCUGCACUGUGACAAGCUUCAUGUGGAUCCUGAGAACUUCAAGCUCCUGGGAAACAUGCUGGUGAUUGUCCUUUCUACUCAUUUUGUCAAGGAAUUCACCCCUGAGGUGCAAGCUGCCUGGCAGAAGCUGGUGAUGGGUGUAGCCAAUGCUCUGUCCCACAAGUACCAUUAA